AUUCGGUGAUGCGGAAAUGCCUCGGAACAACAGCAUCCACAUUGUCUCAAAGCCCCACGCUGCCGCGGCCUCACUUUUCCUUCAAAAACUGAUACUUCUUCCUAGUUUGAAACUUUCAAGAAAGCUAUUGCCGAUUAAAAUCAAACAAGUACGACAAUCGCAGAUACAACGCGAACUCUACACUCACCAUGUCGGACACAAUGAGAGCAGUGGACAUUGAGGGUGGAAAAGGCCCUAGAUCCGCCUUGCACAUAGCCAAUGUCGAGCGUCCCAGGCCCGCCGCCUCGCAAGCACUCGUGCGCAUCAAGGCGUUCGGCCUCAACCGGAUGGACCUACUCCAACGCGAGGGCAUGUACCCCGUCCCGCCAGGCGCCUCCAAGAUCCUCGGCGUAGAAUUCAGCGGCAUAAUCGAAGAGCUGGGCGCCGACGGCGGCGGCAAAGAAGGCUUCAACAAAGGCGACGAGGUCUUCGGGCUGGCCUACGGCGGCGCCUACGCAGAGUACAUCGCCGUCAGCACGCACAUGCUUGUGCGCAAGCCGAAGGAGCUGAGCUGGGAGCAGUGUGCGGGUAUCCCGGAGACGUGGAUCACAGCGACGCAGGCGAUGUACUUGAUUUCGAAAUUCGCGCCGGGAAAGACGAUUCUGUGGCAUGCAGCUGCGUCGUCGGUGUCUAUUGCGGGUAUUCAGCUUUCGAAGGCGGAUGGCGCGGCGGCGAUAUAUGCGACCGCGAGGCAGGACGAGAAGUGCGAGUUUGCAAAGGAACUCGGUGCUGAUGCUGCAUUCAACACCACCACGCAGAACUGGGCUGAGGAAGUACUCAAGGCAACGGAUGGCAAGGGUGUAGACAUAAUUGUUGACUACAUCGGUGCACCGUACUUUGGGGACAACCUCAACGCGCUUGCCAGGGAUGGUGUGUGCGUUAGUUUGGCAGUCAUGGGCGGUGCGAAGCUACCCGAAGGUGUGGACGUGAGUGCUUUCGUCAGGAAGAGGAUAUCGUUUGUGGGCAGCAGCUUGAGGAGUAGAGAUGAGGAAUACCAAGGAAAGCUGCGCGAUCAAUUGGUCGAGCAUGCGCUGCCGCGAUUCAAGGAUGGCAGGUUCAAGAUCCCUGUGGAGAAGGUGUUUCCGUGGGAGCAGAUCCAGGAUGCGCACCAAUUGAUGGAAGAGAACAAGACGAAGGGCAAGAUCAUCUGCACGAUUUCGUAGGCUAGAUACACUUGUCCAGAUCGCAAAACCUUCUUAGCGUAAUCAAGCAAAAGCGACAAGUGCAGCAUAGCUGCCUAAUUGCC